AUGACCAUCCGUGCAGCCGGCUUCCUCCUCCUUGGCGCAUCGCUCGCCUCGGCUAGCGUCAUCGACGCUCGUGCAAGCUGCCCACAAGUGCAUGUCUUUGGCGCACGCGAGACUACGGCUCCUGCUGGCUACGGUACUGCUGGUGCAGUUGUCAACUCGAUUCUGAGCGCGUACUCUGGCUCCACCGCCGAGGUGAUCAACUACCCGGCUUGCGGCGGGCAGGCAUCGUGCGGCGGCGUCAGCUACGCCAACUCGGUCAUCCAGGGCGUCUCCGCGGUAGCAAGCCAAGUCAACGCCUUCAACACGCAGUGCCCGAGCACACAUCUCGUGCUCGUCGGCUACUCUCAAGGCGGCCAGAUCAUGGACGACGCGUACUGCGGUGGUGGCGACACCAAUGAAGGGCUUUCGAACACUGCAAUCCCUAUCUCCGCUGCCGCACAGAAACAGAUUGCUGCGGCCAUCUUCAUGGGCGACCCGCGCCACAUUCCAGGAUUAAGCUACAACGUGGGAACAUGCCAGGCAUCUGGGUUCGCUCCUCGCCCCGCCGGCUUCCAAUGCCCCUACGCAUCAAACAUCCAAUCGUACUGCGAUGCCGCAGAUCCGUACUGCUGCAAUGGGAACGACGCGACUACUCAUCAAGGUUACGCGACCGAGUACGGCUCAGCGGCACUGACGUUCGUCAAGAACAAGCUCAACGCUGUUCUUUGA